AUGGUUCUUGACUACUUCUCCNUGGAGUUCUUUGCUUUGACUGGUUUAGUACUUUCAGACAAAUGGGUGGUUUCUCCUCUUUCAAGAAAUUUGUUGAUUACUGUGGCUUCAAGAUUCUGGAGACCCUGUUUAGCUGACUUUAUCUGUUCUACUGAACAGCUUGCCCGCAGGAAGAAGAACUUGCCAUGGCAGAAUGAUUUGUUUGAAGAAAGCCUGAGAGCUGUUGGGGUAUCAGGAGUGGAAGUCGGAACCACGGUUUAUGUUACAAACCUUGAUCAGGGAGUGACAAAUGAAGACAUAAAGGAACUCUUUACUGAGAUUGGAGAGCUGAAGCGCUAUGCAAUUCACUAUGACAAUAACGGGCGUCCAAAUGGCUCGGCAGAAGUUGUGUAUAUGCGAAGAAGUGAUGCAUUUCAAGCUGUGAAGAGAUACAACAAUGUGCGGUUGGAUGGAAAGUUUAUGAAACUAGAGAUUAUGGGUGGGAAUACUGAGGCAGCUCCUGUUUCAGCUCGUGUCAAUGUAACAGGAUUGAACGGAAGGAUGAAGAGGACAGUUUUCAUUGGGAAAGGAAUUAGAGGCGGUAGAGGAGGAAGAGGAAGAGGUGCAGCUCCUUCUGUGAGACGCCUUCCAAUUGGCAGCCAAAACAACCAAGGAGGUGUNAGAGGCGGCCGAGGCGGGUUUCGUGGUAGAGGCCGAGGUGGCAGAGGGAAUAAUAGCGGCCGAGGCGGAAAGAAGCCGGUGGAGAAGUCUGCUGCAGAACUGGACAAGGAUCUUGAAAGCUACCAUGCAGAAGCUAUGAACAUCUCUUAA